CCUCUGCAGCAAUGGAUACGACACCUUCUUCGGAGAGCCCAGCAGGAACUACGAUAGAAAAUUGUCAGAAAAGCUUUUAAACGACGAAGGGAACACAACAGUUGGAAGUACCCUAGAAGAGGCAAGUACCCUGGAGGGGGUAGCCGACGCAGGAGAGGAAGGCACCACGGAGCAUGGAAGCAGCGCAGAUCGCACAGGCAGCAUCGGUGGUGGAAGCAGUAGCGAUCAUGGACGCAGAACAGAUCAUAGAAGAUCUUCCUCAACUCGCAGCAAAUUAGAAUCCUAUUUUUCCAGUGAAGGUCCAUCCAAUUCAAGGCAUCCAGAGCGUUUCAGCCUUGAAGAUAGAUUAAAGAAGGAGUGGAACGACCUAGCUAUUAUCGAAACAAAAAAUUGGUUUAAUGUGAUCAUAGGAAUUUGUGAUACCCUAAUUACAGAAUACGAUUCUUACAACGUUGUUGACGAUAAGGUCAGGAGUUGGACCAACUUAAUCAAAAUGUUAACAACUUUCCGAGAAGCAGAAAUUAACGAAAGCAAUAUCAUUUUUUCAAAAUUUUUGGAUUACGUGAGAGAAAAAAGACAUGACAAACCAAGUGAUUGUUUAACUGAAGAAGAAGAAAGCAUCUGGAAUGAUAUCAAACUAUUAAAGCAGCAAAAAGAUAUUGAGUGGAAGAAAUAUCACGUGGGAACUUGGAAAUAUUGGUUCCAGAUGGAAUUCCCAACGGCUAAUCUGAGAAAGAAUGAGUA